AUGUCUUCUCCUUCGCAUCGACGACAGAGGAGCUCUCAAUCUGCUACACCUAGACGAUCAUCUCAGCGCAAUGCGAUUCCAAGCAGUCCACCAGAUCCUGCAGCCGCUCAGCUCCAAAGUGAAGCUGCCUCGUCCCAAGGCAAUGACAAUGGCAAUGGCAAUGGCACCCCCCGGCGCGCUCCCCUAACCUCAUCACCCAUGAUAUAUCGAUCAUCGCCUGCGGAUAUGGCGCGAGCAAAUGCGAAUCGAGAACGCGAUAUCAGCUCUCCGCUACGGCAGAUGUCCAAUACGCAGACGACGCAGCAAGAUGGAGAUCGAACGCCACGAGCAGGCGGCCUUGCUAGGGAUUCUUCUCCCAUAAGAUAUGCGUCAAGCUCAAGCCCCGGCGGCGGCUUUGCCAGCAGACAGCAGUCGAUGCAGCCAGACCUCCGUAGUGAGAGUAGCGGACUUUUCGUACGCUCAUCACGUUCAGCAGCCCCUACUUCCUCAGCUAGACGUGCUAUUGGCUCCGAGAAUAACAAUACCCCCCGACCUCGCCGCCGAAUAUUCAUAAAUGAAGAUGGGAAAGUCGUCCGAGAUGUUGCGGCUUCCGAUGCACCAACGUUUUCAAAUAUCGACCCCACUACCUCUGAUGCCCAGGCCAUGGGAGGUAAUUCUACGCUUUGCAUCUGGGGAACUAAUAUCUCGGUUCAGGAUACACUCGCGACUCUCAGAAUGUUCCUUCGAGAAUUUACCAGGAAAUAUCGGAUGUGGGCCGAUGGCAUGUCAGAGGAAGAAACGUCAGCCGAUGAGGUCGCUGAGACGAAACAUUACGCGGUAAUGAUGCAAAACAUGCUGACUCUGGGUCUUACCAACCUCAACCUUGAUAUGCGAGACCUAAAAGCGUUUCCUCCCACCAAAAAGCUUUGGCAACAAACUCAAGACUACCCUGUUGAGAUCAUCAACCUCAUGGACCAAUCUAUUAGGGACGCUAUGUACCAAUUAGCUCAAGAGGAAGACUCGGGGCAGAACCCGUCUCACAGGUCGACUGGACAGGCCUCUCAGCGCACCAGGAUUGUGAGCUCUGAACCUCCUGUACCGAGCUCGGAACGCAGCGAAGGAGACGCCGAGACACCACGACCACAGGAAUCAAAUGAUAAAUCAUGGACUCAAGAAGUCGCGCAGAACAAUUACCGCGUGCGACUCUACGGCCUGGACUCUACAGUAAAUAUGAGAGAUCUGAAUCCAUCCGAUGUCGAUAAACUUGUUGCUGUAAAAGGCCUCGUCAUCCGCACCACUCCUAUCCUCCCGGACAUGAAAUUUGCAUUUUUCCGAUGCCAGGUUUGUAAUCACACAGUUCAGGUUGAGGUCGACAAUGGCAAAAUCGCUGAGCCCACGAAAUGCCCGCGUCCCAUCUGUGACUCCCUCAAUUCCAUGCAGAUUGUACAUAACCGUUCGGGAUUUGCGGAUAUGCAGGUUAUCAAAUUGCAGGAGACGCCAGAUUCGGUCCCGGCUGGCCAAACACCACAUUCAGUCUCGUUAUGUGCGUACAAUGAUCUGGUGGAUCUAUGCAAAGCUGGUGACCGGGUUGAAAUCACUGGUAUUUUUAGAGCUAGCCCCGUCCGAGUCAAUCCUCGACAACGUACUCUUAAGAGUAUCUACAAGACAUAUGUUGAAGUCGUGCAUAUUCAAAAGGUUGAUAAGAAGCGCAUGGGAAUUGAUGUUAGCACUGUCGAAGAAGGACUCUCCGAGGAGUUUGCGUGUCCAGUGGAGGAGACGCGAAAGCUGACGGAGGAGGAGGAAGAAAAGAUCAAGGCAACCGCGGCCAGACCGGAUAUCUAUGAACUUUUGUCUCGGUCUCUUGCACCCAGCAUCUUUGAGAUGGACGAUGUCAAGAAAGGAAUCCUUCUCCAAUUGUUCGGAGGCACAAAUAAGUCCUUCGAAAAAGGCGGUAACCCGAGGUAUAGAGGUGAUAUCAACGUUCUACUCUGCGGCGACCCUUCAACUUCCAAGUCACAGCUAUUGCAAUACGUCCACAAGAUUGCUCCCCGCGGUGUUUAUACAAGUGGUAAAGGGUCUUCCGCUGUUGGUUUAACCGCAUACGUGACUCGGGAUCCAGAAACUCGCCAACUGGUCCUCGAAUCUGGCGCUCUAGUAUUGUCCGACGGCGGUGUAUGCUGCAUCGACGAAUUUGACAAGAUGUCGGAUGCGACUAGGUCUGUGCUGCAUGAAGUUAUGGAGCAGCAGACUGUGUCAAUCGCAAAAGCUGGUAUUAUCACAACACUGAAUGCUCGAACUAGCAUCCUCGCCUCUGCCAAUCCUAUUGGCAGCAAGUAUAAUCCUAAUUUACCUGUUCCUCAAAACAUAGAUCUACCACCUACAUUGUUGUCGAGGUUCGAUCUUGUCUAUCUGAUCUUAGAUCGAAUUGACGAGACAAAUGACCGACGCCUGGCAAGACACUUGCUUAGCAUGUACUUGGAUGACAAGCCGCAAAGCGCAGCUGGAGGAAUGGAAAUUCUGCCGAUUGAAUUCCUCACCUCAUACAUUUCUUACGCACGUACCAAAUGCCAACCCCGCAUCAGUGCUGAGGCAUCCAAAGAACUUGUCGACUCCUAUGUUGAGAUGCGGAAGCUAGGCGAAGAUGUCCGCGCCGCCGAACGCCGCAUCACAGCUACGACCAGGCAACUUGAGUCGAUGAUCCGUCUAUCUGAGGCCCACGCCAGAAUGCGGCUCUCGGAGACGGUAACACGUGAAGAUGUCCAAGAAGCUGUUCGUCUCAUCAAGAGCGCAUUGAAACAGGCUGCUACCGAUGCAAGAACAGGUCUCAUCGACAUGAGUUUGUUGGCUGAGGGCACGAGUGCCAGCGAGCGGAGAAGGAAGCUUGAUCUUAAGAACGCUGUUUUGUCUUUGCUGGAUGAUAUGACGAGACAGGGCCAGGCUGCCAGGUACGCGGAAGUAGUAAGACGAUUAGGGGAGCAGAGUAGUAUGCAGAUCGAGGCGCCAGAAUUUGCGGAGGCUGUCAGGGCUCUGGAGCAAGAAGGCGCUGUUAUGGUUGUUGGUGAGGGUCCUAGGAAGGCUAUUAGGAGGGUUACGGGUGUUGCUUAA